AUGCCGCUAUCUGGCAGUCCCCCUCCUCCGUCCCGCCUACAGCGCGCGGAGUCGAGAAAGUACUCGGUCCCCCCGAGGGGCUACGAAUACCUGUAUGUUCACCCGGCUCCGGACUCUCUAGUUGUCCAAUCUGUCAAUGACCGGGAGCGACACGGCCAGCCCGCUGCAGCGCCAAAAGCGAAGGAGUCCAAGCGCAUGGACCUGUUAGGCCGCAAAAUUUACUCAGCGGGCGGCCUCCAACUUCGUAUCGCCAACCAAAUGGCUUUGCUCUCCAGAUAUACAUUCAACAUCUUGGGCUGCCUAGCCAAAUUCGCAGAGCUUACCCCGCAGGAUUCCCGCCGGGAGUUCUCGGCACUGCUGGAGGAAGGAAAGCUGGCUUCCCGUACCUUAAUUAAGGCAGCGGUAGACGCAGCGGACUCGGGGGCCAGGACCAUAGCGUCAGGGGUAACCAUGAGACGCAUUGCAUGGCUCCAGUCCUCUACUCUGCCGCCGGAGGUCCAGUACACGCUCCAGGACCUUCCUUUUGAGACGCAGGGUCUAUUUUCAGAAAAGACUGAUACCCGCAUUCAAACCCUGAAAGACGGCAGAGUGGCGAUCCGCACAUUAGGGAUGCAUACGCCGGCCACCCAAAGGCGUCCUUUCCGACAGCAACCUUAUCGCCCCUUCCAAUACAACAGACCUCGCCCGCCUAACAAUCGGCGCUCGGCCCCCUUCCGCCGCAGACCAUCGGGCGGACGGCGGAACCAAAGCCAGGAUCGCCCAAGGCCCUCAGGGCCCAAAGUCGCCUUUGACGGGACGCCCGAGGGCCGCUCACCUCUCUCCGAUCAGGAUCCACCCCUUCUGUUUUCCGAUCGCCUUUCCCGCUUCCUUCCGGCGUGGUCAUCUCGCGGGGGCUGGCCGGGCUCGGUGCUUUUCCUGACUGUCCCCAUUAGCCACCUUUGCCGGGUUCAGCCCUUUCCGCUGAUGGGACUUCAAGGUUUGUCGGUGCUGCAGACGCUGCACGGGGAAGUUCUGCAGCUGGGGGUGUUCUGCACCCACCUCAUCCCCAGGGGCGUCCGCUUCGGCCCUUUCCAGGGCAAAGUGGUCAACACCAGCGAGAUCAAGAUUUACGAUGACAAUUCCUUGAUGUGGGAGAUUUUCGAAGAUGGUCGCUUGAGCCAUUUUAUAGAUGGGAAAGGAGCCUCUGGAAACUGGAUGUCCUUAGUAAACUGCGCCCGGUUCCCAGAGGAGCAGAAUAUGACAGCUAUUCAGUGCCAAGGCCAAAUAUUUUACGAAAGCUGCAAAGAAAUCUUACCCAACCAGGAGCUGCUGGUGUGGUAUGGAGACUGUUAUCUGCAGUUCCUGGGCAUCCCCAUCAGUCUGAAAGGGGCGACGGAAGGAAAGGGACCCCAGCAACAGCCAGAAGAAUCUGGGGAGAGUUACAAAUGCGAGAGAUGUGGCAAGGUAUUUGCCUACAAAUACUACAGAGACAAACAUCUGAAAUACACUCGCUGCGUAGAUCAAGGAGACAGAAAAUUUCCUUGCCAUCUUUGCAACCGAUCCUUUGAAAAGAGAGACAGACUGAGGAUCCAUAUUCUGCAUGUCCAUGAGAAACACAGACCUCACAAGUGCUCAGUAUGUGGGAAGAGUUUUUCACAGUCCUCCAGCCUGAACAAACACAUGAGGGUGCACUCUGGAGAGCGUCCCUACAAAUGUGUGUACUGUAACAAGGCAUUCACAGCCUCCAGCAUCCUGCGCACUCACAUCCGACAGCACUCGGGAGAGAAGCCUUUCAAGUGUAGACACUGUGGCAAAGCCUUUGCCUCCCAUGCGGCCCAUGACAGCCAUGUGCGGCGCACACACAACAAGGACAAAGGCUGCACUUGCACCGUGUGUGGCAAGAACUUCCUGGAGCAGGAGGAAUUCCGAUUCCAUAUGAAGUUCCAUGCCGCUCUUUAGCCAGCAGCCCUGCGUUUGGAGCUGCAUGUAGCUGUGUGGGUGUAUUUGGUGUGUACGUUUCAGAAGAUAAAAUUCACCCUUGUGCCGGAGAAGAGCCCAGGGCCUAGGCAUCAUUUACAUCCCCUCAUGGAUGGCUUGAGUGGUCUCUUGGCCUUGUGCUGGGGCCUCCACAGGGGUGUCCACUCCGAUAAAUGUUUUAUGUGAGCGUGACCAUGAACGUUUUUGUGCUUCCAAUGUGAUGUCUCCAUGGACUGUCCAGAAUGAUGUACAGAAACUCCUUUGGCUGUGUUGUUACUAGGUGUGUUUUGUAAAAGCAAUGUAGUCCAUGUUUACUUUUGGGGCUCUGCUCCAGUUCUGAAGCUUAUUUUCCCCUAUUAACCGGUUAUUAUUUUAUGAAGUGUAUCAUUCCAGCCAUUUUGACGCACGUAAGGCACAAGUCUAUUUUUGUGACUGAGUGUGAGCUGGCUCUGAUGUGUAUUGCCUGUUCAAGUAGGGCAUGUGUGUUUCUGGGCAUAUAGUCCCUUUAUUCAGUGGCAUAUUGGCUGAGAAAAACGCUGGGGACGUCCUGUUGGGGCUAGACCAUUUCAUGCAGGGGCAGAGUGGAGCCCACAUAUCCCAGGAGGAGCAGCAGGAGACAGUCUGCUUCAGGAAGGCAGCUCUCAGGCAUGUAAAGGGUGCCUGCUUGCUACUAAAUAGUUGUGGGUUACAGCACAGUGGCCACCCAGCUCUGCUGACCAGUGCAGGUGGGGAUGGAGCUAUGGUUUUGCCUCCUUUCCAUCUCUUUAGGAGAGUAGGGUGGAGGCAGGCCCUGAGCUUCCCAGAUGCAAUUCUGCUGGCUCCUGCAUGAGUCAGUCACAUAACUGGGAGAAGGCUGCAUGCAGCUUCUGCUCUGUGCACCCACGUGAGGCAUGUCUAUCC